GAGAAAAGAAAAAGUGAAGGGGGAAGAGUGAGUGUGAGUGAGAGGGAGAGAGUGGUGAGACCCGCUCACGAAUUUGGCAUCAAAUUUUGAAAACCACCUCAGGCUUAUACUUUCACUCUCCAGCGCGCCCUCUCUCUUCUAAUUCAAUCCCAAUCAAAAGGAUUCUAUUCCUCUCCAAUUCUAGGGUUUCUCUUCCGCCUAGGGUUCCCAAUUCUCUUCUCCUUCUGGUCCCCCUUCUCCCAACAUGGCCACCGAAACCCUAGAAGACAACCAGCCUCCCCUCCAUGACGAUGACGACCUCGCCAAACCCCAACCCAACCCUGCAAUUCCUGACAAAGACGCUUCCGAGGACGCUGCGAAAUCCGAGGACGCAAAUGUCGAGGAGAAGGGCAGAACUGACUAUCCCGGAGUAGAAGAGGAAGAGGCACCUGAGAAGAAAGAGGAGAUCGACGAGGAUGAAGAAGAUGAGGAAGAAGAAGAGGAUGACGAAGCCGAAGAGAAAGAAGAGACAGUCAAGGCUAAGGGACGUAGCAAAGAGACUCCAAGUAAGUCGAAGAAGAGUAAGAAGGAUGCUGUGUCGGAGAAGAAGGAUCCCGUUACGCCGACGAGUGAGAGACCCACGAGGGAGAGAAAAACGGUGGAGCGCUUCUCUGUGCCUUCGCCGGCGAAGUCUGGAAGGUCCUCUGCUAGUAAGGGUUUCACAAUUGAGAAGGGACGUGGCACGCAGCUCAAGGAUAUCCCGAACGUGGCGUUUAAGUUGUCAAAGAGAAAACCUGAUGACAAUCUGCAUAUGCUUCAUACUUUACUGUUUGGGAAGAAAACAAAGGCACACAAUUUAAAGAGAAACAUAGGCCAGUUUUCUGGUUAUGUGUGGACUGAAAAUGAGGACAAACAGAGGGCCAAAAUAAAGGAGAGGAUUGAUAAAUUUGUCAAAGAAAAGUUGUUGUACUUCUGUGAUGUUCUUAAUAUUCAGAUAAACAAGGCCAAUGCAAAAAAGGAGGAGCUGUCUGCAAAGUUGUUGGAAUUUUUGGAGUCCCCACAUGCUACAACUGAGAUUCUACUUGCUGAUAUAGAGCAGAAAGGUAAAAAGAGAUCUAGAAAGUCAGCCCCUAGCAAAUCUCCAGGGGAAGCAUCUAUAGAGAUACCUGCUAAGAAGCAAAAACAAACUUCCCAAUCUGGGAAAAAGCAAAAGGAGUCUUCUGAUGAGGAUGAAGAUAAUAAAGCUGAAAUUUCAGAUGCUAAAGAUGAUUCUCAGGAAGAUGAAGAUGUUCCCGCACCAAACAAGGAAAGUGAUGAAGAGGAAAGUAAAUCAGAGGAAGAGGAAGAGAAACCAAAAUCUCGCAAGCGUGCUUCCAAUAAAGCUGUUAAAGAGAGUUCAGUUGGCAAAACUGUAGAUAAAACCUCAUCUGUCAAGAAGACCUCUGUGAAAGAUGCCAAGAACAUUGAAAAGACUCCAAAAAAAACAUCAAAGAAAACUGUUGCUGAGCAUGACAGUGCUUCUGCCUCCAUUUCCAAGCCAAAGCAACCUGCAUCCAAGAAAUCGAAAACUGUAAGUGAAAAGCAGGAUGCUAAGGGGAAGGCUGCAAGCAAAAAACAAACUGACAAAUCUUCAAAGGCUUUGGUUAAGGAUCAAGGGAAAAGUAAAAGUAAUAAGAAGGCCAAGUCUGAACCUACUAAGCAGGACAUGCAUGCUGUAGUUGUUGAUAUUUUGAAGGAAGUAGAUUUCAAUACUGCAACUUUGUCCGAUAUACUCAGACAACUUGGUACCCACUUUGGUAUGGAUUUAAUGCAUAGAAAAGCAGAGGUGAAGGAUAUAAUUACAGACGUAAUUAAUAACAUGUCUGAUGAGGAAGAUGAAGAAGAAGCUGAGAAUGAUGAUGAUGCUGAUAAAGAUGAUGACGGUGACGAGGAUGAUGCCUGAUUUUGGUUGGGCAAAUAAUAUUUGACCUGUGCAGAAAUUAGAGGCACGUGGGCAUCUAAUAGCUAGAUUUUAUCUUCAUAAUUCUCCGGUCAGUCACUGCGGAUAAGUUAAGGUAGAUAUUUGGUUUGAGUUGUGACCUUUUCCAUUAUAGAUGCUCUAAAUUAGGUUUGUAUUUUGUACCAUAGAUUUAACCCGCUCCUCUGUAUUACUGAUGUUACCUCUGUUUCUCAUAUUGAAUAGUUUGUUUUUUCGCCUGCCUGUAAACAUUAUUACCUCCUAAUUUAGAACAUUGUUCUUUC